UCUACAUGUAGUUGCUUAGCGAUCAAGUAUGUGCAAGAGCAAGCGGCUUUGAUGUCCUUCUGAAGUUGCUUCUGGCUCUCAAAGCAAAGCAAGGCUAUGGAGGACAAGCGUGUACUGUGGAUGAAGGAGCUCACCUAUGCUGCUCUUGGGUUGACUGAUCACUCUUUGUUUGAGACAUUGCUGACCAGAGAAGAUGAAAGAUAUGGGAAGGAGUUGGUCUCUAAAUUGAAUAGCCCAGUAGAAGGCAAAUACUCUUCUGCUCUGAUAGUGUAUCCUCUAGAGCAUGACGUAGAAGUUGAGAUGGAGGAACUGGAGGAGGAGCUGAUAGAGCAACUUGUGGAGCAGGCUGAACAGUUCGAGGGAGGCGAACAGAGCUCAGUCGAAGAAGAGGAGCAGAGUAAAGACGAUGAGACUCGUAGCCAGACCAAGAAGGUUCUGAAGAAAAAAAUGGUUAAGAAGGUAGUGAGGAAGACAGAGCUCUUUCUCUGCUACAAGCACCUACCUGAGGACAUAUCCACAGUGGGCUUCUACUUUGUACGCAUGGGGCAAGAAGCAGUGCCCAUUCCCUCAAGCCUAGAGGCUGCUAACGCCACCCUCCCACUGUGCUUUGAGGUAGGGACCAUCUCAUGCAAGCCUCUCAAUUCCCUCAAGAAGCUACUCAAUCAGAUCUACAUUCCCAUGCUCAUGCUGGCAGGUCAGCAGAGUUGUGAGGAUGAUAUUGAAGCAUCUAGCUGCUCGGGUGAGAGUCAAUCCCUCAGUGAACUAGAGCUGGCCAAGUCAGACUCACGUCUCAUGAUGAGGGAUGAACUGCUUAUCAAUGUGCAGAAAUUUUCAAUUCAAGUUCAUCGUACCAUACAGCAGAUAGAGGGUGAGGUCAAGUUAGAGAUGCCCCCUGGUGUGACCCUUGGAGAGGAAGACCCUUCAAUUAUAGCCCGUAAUCGAACCCUCGUCAAUAAACUGAACACGGCCCUGGAAAGCUGGGCAAGAAUACUCUCAACCACGGUAGAUGAGCAGCUACACAAGCAGCCGCAAGGACAAGGACCACUAGCUGAGAUAGACUUCUGGAGGGAGAGAAACUCUGCUCUUAGCGCUCUUUACGAGCAACUCAAAAUGACUGAGAUUCAAACGGCACUAAUCGUAUUGAAAAUUGCAGGGGUUCCCUCCUACUCUAAUUUCGAGUAUCAUCGCUCUGAACUGAACAAGUACUACCUCGAGGCUAAAGACAAUGUCAGGUUUUUGGGAACUCUAGAGAGGCACUUCAAGAACCUUGCACAUGGAGCAAACUUUGCCAUUAUUCUCGACACUCUGCCUGCUAUGCUGAAUGCACUACGAAUGGUGUGGGUCAUCUCACGACACUAUAAUACUGAUGAUCGUAUGGUGCCCCUCAUGGGACGGAUCUCCUGGGAGCUGUGUCAGAGAGUUGCUAGAGUCGUCAAUGUUAGAACCAUCUUCAAGAACUCCUUAUCUGUGAUCAAGGCCAGAGCCUCUGAGGGCUGUCGGUGUCUGGAGACAUGGAAGACAUCUUAUCUAGACGUGAGGAAGAAGAUAGAGCAGUCUGGGAGAGACACACGCUGGGAGUUUGAUCAGAAGAAGUUGUUUGAGAGAUCCAACUACAUUGCUCAAGUCUGCAGUGAUAUCUACAAUGUUGCUCAGACAAUUGAAGAGUUCCACAAUAUAUUUGGUCCUGAGAUGAAGUCUGUGACUGGUGACCCUGAGAGGAUAGAGAAGGUGUUGGAGCGAGUCAACAGUCUUGUACUAGACCUGGAGACCACACGUUUUGACCCCUACGACCCUGCCUGCAGACACGACUGGCGCAGUCUGAUGAGCCGGUUCCAGCAAGAGGUGAAGCUGAUAGAGGAAGAGGCCAACAGUUUCAUCAAUGAGUCUUUCCUGAGCCUACGCUCGGCCAAAGGGGCAUUCGACAUGCUACACAACUUUAAACGAAUCCCUGCCCGUGAUGCCAUCAAUGCCACAAUGAUGAGAAAAUUCAACGAAAUUCUGGCCACUUUUGAGAAAGAGGUUGACACUAUCAAUGAUAGGUUCAAAGCCAACAAAGACUUUCCACCUAGCUCAAAGACACAGCCUCGAGUAGCUGGAGCCAUCAGUUGGUCCAGGUCACUGUUCCAGAGGAUUAAGCAGACAGUUCUCAGAUUUCAAACGAUGAAGGAACUCAUUGACAGUGACGCAGGCAAAGCUGCUAGUAAGAAGUACUUGACCGUGGCUCGCUCCAUUAAAAGCUACGAGGAUGAGCUAUACACUGACUGGAUUGAAAGUGUUGAGGCCACUCUACCUGACCUGCUUAAGAAAACAGUGCUCUCCAAACCACCACCUCCAGUCUCUCACUCAAGCAUAAUGACUCCAGCCUCUGAUUCUGCCUCUAGACCUGUGUCCAGAAUAGAGCAUUCGAUAUCAGCUCUCCCAGACAACUGUGAGUUUGUGGUGAACUUUGCCCCUGAGUUGUCCCAAGUGAUCUCUGAGGCCAAGUACCUUGAGAAGCUGGGUUUCCCUAUACCAGACCUAGCCAGGAGUGUGGCUCUGCAGGAGGAGAAGUUCAUUGCUUUUCAGGAUGGCCUUAACCACGUGCUCCAUCGCUACCACCAUGUGCUGGCUUCUCUCACAGAUGCUGAGUCUGAGCUGUUGGACGAUCAUGUGAAGAACCUGAGACGUGUUCUCACUCCAGGCAGUAAGAGACUCAACUGGAACUCCCUCGGAAUACAAGAAUAUGUCACCAAGUGUGAACAGGCCAUCACCAAGUUUGAGUCCCUGGCCAACCAAGUGCAGAAGAAUGCAGAGGACAUAGAGGAGAGGCUGGUUCUCAUAGAGUCUGUGAGGCUAGUCAAACAAUUUCCCCCUAAGCAAGGAGGGGACCUACCAGAAGCAAAGGAAUACUUUGAGUUUCAAGAAGGUUAUCGCUCUGGAGUGGUGGGCUCUCUGGUGCGCAAGUAUCAUGGUAUAGCACCAUUGCUGAUCAAGGUGGAGGGGCUGGUCAUCUUUACCAACACUGGGAGGUCUCUGAGACUAGCAAAGUAUUAUUCCUACUGGGAGAAAAGACUCUUCAAUUCAUUUGUGAAGAUGAUGACCAACAAUCUCAAGUACUACAAUGCCCUCCUGCUCAGUGGGAAGCUGUUGUUCAAGGUUGAGGCUCUCCUCUCUGUGCCUGAGAUUGUACUCCAUCCUCAUGGCAACGAACUCUUCAAACUCAUUGUCAAUGUUGUCAGGGAUAUCGUAGAAGGUACGAAGCGGUUCUCUCGUUGGGAGAGAGGCUCUUGUGUCGAGUCCAAGCCUGUGCAAGUGCCAGGUCAAGAUGAGCCGUAUGUGUUCAGCUUCUUUACAGACGUGAGCAGACACCCGUCAGUGUUAGAGUUAGCUCAGGGAAUUCAAGAGACUGUACGGGCGAGUAUUGGAGAGCUAGCACGUCUGGCAAACUGGUGGAAGAAAUAUCGCUCCCUGUGGAAGCUACAGAGGGAUAUUCUGUUGGAAAAGUUCUCUCAGAGACAGCCAUCGUGUGUAACAUACGAGGAGAAGAUGCAUGUGUACGCUAGCGUGGCAGUGGAGGUAGCUAGUCACCCCUCCACCAAAGAGGUUGAGUUUGCUCUGCUGGAUAUGGACCCCCUCUCCCGGGCUCUGCAGGAGAAUGCUCGCUGCUGGGUCACCUCUCUCGGUAAACUACUCAACGAUUCUGCAAGGGAGAGUCUCACUCAACUGGCCACCAAGAUUGAGGGCCUCUCUGUUGACCUAACUCGAGAACCCAACACUCUGGAAGACCUCAAAUUUGUACUAGGGGUGAUAGCAAAUAUCCGGUCCAUGUCCCUGGAUGUGGAGAUACAAUACAGGGAUAUACAGGAGCGCUAUCGAACUCUAGCCAUGUACAAGAUAGCAGUGUCCGAGGAGGAGCUCACAGGAGUGGAGAGCAUCGAACAGAAGUGGCUAGACCUGUUUGCUCAGGCCAAGCAUAUUGAUAGGAGCCUCGUCAAAGUCAAGAAAAAGUUUACCGUCAUCACCAAUGACCAAGUGUCGGGCUUUUCUCAAGAAGCUCAGAAAUUCAACCAGAUGUUCAAAGAGGAAGGACCAGCUUCUGUUGGUACUGACCUUGACAAAGGAGUUGUUUUGUUGAAGAAGUUCCAGGAGCUCUAUGCUGAGCAGGAGAGCCAGAGACAAGAGCUGACAAUGGCUGAGAAGUUGUUUGACUUGCCCAUUACAAUGUACUCUGACCUGGCAGAGGUGGACAAGGAGCUGAGGGAUCUGGCCAAGGUGUACGAGCUGUACGUGGCACAGAGGAUUGCACGUGAGGAAUGGUCGGACACACUGUGGGCUGACCUCAACAUAGUACAGUUAACUGAAGGUAUUGAAGAGUUUGUGCGUCGUUUGAAGAAGUUUCCUAAAGAAGUCAAAGCCCUCGCCGUGUGUCAGCUGGUAGAGGAGAGGAUGAGAGGAUUCAAGGACUCCAUCCCUCUCUUUGCUGACCUCAAGAAUGAUGGUCUCAGAGAAAGGCACUGGCAGAAACUGAUGGAAAUGACUGGAAAGAACUUUGACAUGAACCCAGAGACAUUCACACUGGCCAACCUGUUUGCCAUGGAGUUACAUAACUUUGCUGACACCAUCUCUGAUAUAGUGGGCUCUGCUAACAAGGAGCUGAGUAUUGAGAAGAGUUUGGCUGAAGUGGUCUCCACGUGGCAAGGACAGAGAUUCACAGUCCACAAGUACAUGAAGGGCACUCAGGAGCGUGGGUCAAUCCUUGGUUCAGUGGAUGAGAUCGUGCUGACACUGGAUGACAAUGCCAUGAACCUACAGAGCAUGGCAGCCUCACGUUUUGUUGGGCCCUUUCUAGAGAAAGUGCAAAAAUGGGAAAAGUCACUGUCCCACAUCAGUGAAGUAGUCGAGGUGUGGAUGGUGGUCCAACGCAAGUGGAUGUAUCUCGAGUCCAUCUUCAUCGGUGGGGACAUCAGGGCCCAGCUACCAGAGGAAGCAAAGAAAUUUGACAAUAUCGACAAACUUUUCAAGAAAAUUAUGUCAGACACAAACAAAAACCCGCUUGUCCUAGAUGCUUGCCAUGCUCCGAACAGACUACAAGACUUAGAAUCAAUCAGCAGUGGUUUGGAGAAAUGUCAAAAGAGCCUUAACGAUUAUCUUGACUCCAAAAGAAAUGCCUUCCCUCGAUUCUUCUUCAUAUCUGAUGAAGAGCUGCUCUCUAUACUAGGUAGCCACGAGUGCACCUGUGUACAGGAGCACAUGAUCAAGAUGUUUGACAACAUAGCCAAGCUUCGGUUUGAUCAGGGCUCGUCUGGUGAACCACUGGCCAAUGCCAUGAUCUCUGGUGAGGGGGAGAUGAUGGAGUAUAGACAAGGAGUGGUUGCAGAGGGCAAGGUAGAGGACUGGAUGACUCAGGUGCUGAAUGAGAUGAGGCGGACCAACCAGCUCAUCACAAAGGAAGCCAUCUUCACCUAUACUCACAAGAAAUCAAGAGUGGAGUGGAUGUACGACUACCAGGGCAUGGUGGUGCUGGCCACCAACCAGGUGUGGUGGACCUGGGAGGUAGAAGAUGUAUUCAGUAAGGUCAAGAAGGGAGACAAGAUGGCCAUGAAAAACUACGCCAAGAAACUGCACACACAGAUUGAUGAUCUUGUCGUACAGGUUCGCUCUCAAUUGAGUAAGAACGAUCGUAAGAAGUUCAACAGUGUGCUCAUUGUGGACGUGCACAAUAGAGACAUCAUUGAUAGAUUUGUGAGGGACAGUAUAAUGGAGGCUAGAGAGUUUGAGUGGGAGAGUCAGCUCAGGUUCUACUGGGAGCAGGACAGGGACACGCUCUUAGUGAGACAGUGCACAGGAUCGUUUGGGUUUGGAUAUGAGUACAUGGGCCUCAAUGGACGUCUUGUGAUUACACCUCUAACUGAUAGGAUCUACCUCACCAUUACACAAGCACUGUCCAUGCAUCUUGGUGGUGCUCCAGCCGGCCCAGCUGGUACAGGCAAAACAGAGACUGUCAAGGACUUGGCCAAGGCUAUGGGCCUGCUCUGUGUGGUCACCAACUGUGGUGAAGGUAUGGACUUCAAGGCUGUUGGUAAGAUAUUCUCAGGGCUGUGUCAGUGUGGAGCAUGGGGUUGCUUUGAUGAGUUCAACAGAAUCGACAUCUCUGUAUUGUCUGUCAUCUCCACUCAAAUCAAGACCAUUCAGAACGCACUCAUCCAUAAGCACGUCAAGUUCCAAUUUGAAGGAGUUGAGAUCACGAUGGACAAUAGAGUGGGGAUCUUCAUCACGAUGAAUCCUGGCUAUGCUGGACGUACAGAGCUACCAGAGAGUGUCAAGGCUCUCUUUAGACCAGUGGUGGUCAUUGUACCAGAUCUGCAACAGAUCUGUGAGAUCAUGCUCUUCUCGGAGGGGUUCCUCAUGGCAAAGGUCCUUGCCAAGAAGAUGACAGUGCUGUACAAGCUAGCCCAGGGCCAGCUGUCUCGUCAAUACCAUUAUGACUUUGGCCUCAGAGCUCUCAAGGCUGUCUUAGUUAUGGCCGGUGAACUAAAGAGAGGAUCACCUGAUCUCAACGAAGAUAUGGUGCUCAUGAGAGCUCUUCGUGAUAUGAACUUGCCCAAAUUUGUGUUUGAGGAUGUCCCUCUAUUUCUGGGGCUAAUUGGCGACCUAUUCCCGGGACUGGACUGCCCUCGCGUCCGUUAUCCAAAGUUCAACGAUGCAGUAGAGGGUGUUCUAGUGGAGAAGAAGUACAUCCUCCUCCCUCAUCAGGCUGACAAGGUGGUUCAGUUGUAUGAGACGAUGCUCACACGUCACACCAUCAUGGUGGUGGGACCCACUGGAGGAGGCAAGUCAGUCGUUAUCAACACUCUCGCUCAAGCACAAACAAGGCUAGGUAUGAGCACCAAGAUGUACACGCUCAACCCCAAGGCCUGCACUGUAGUGGAGCUGUAUGGAAUACUAGACCCUGUCACUAGAGACUGGACUGAUGGACUCCUCUCUAACAUCUUCAGAGAGAUUAAUAAACCGACUGAGAAAAAUGAGCGAAAGUACAUUUUGUUUGAUGGUGAUGUGGAUGCACUGUGGGUUGAGAACAUGAACUCAGUGAUGGAUGAUAACAGACUCUUGACCCUGGCUAAUGGAGAGAGGAUCAGACUCCUCAAGCACUGUGCUCUCCUGGUGGAGGUUGGUGAUCUCCAGUAUGCCAGUCCUGCCACUGUCUCACGCUGUGGUAUGGUGUAUGUAGACCCUAAGAACCUUGGCUACAAGCCGUUCUGGGAGAGAUGGAUCAGUAACCUAGUCAACGAAGGAGACAGGAAAGAGUUUAUCAAAUUAUUUGACAAGUAUGUGCCUCCGUGCAUCUCCCUUAUUCUGGAGGGGAUCAUUGAUGGGAGACAAGGGGAGAAACUGCGCUCCAUUGUACCUCUAUCAAAUCUCAACCUGGUGACCCAGUUGUGCUCAGUGUUAGACUCCCUUCUCCCUGCUCGUAAUGAGGAGAGCCUAGAUAAGGAUGGCAAUGGGCCCAGUCUAGGAAUUGGCGCCUCUGUACUGGAGAGCAUCUUCCUUGCUGCUGUUUACUGGUCACUGGGAGCUUCUCUCAUUGAGGAGAGUCGGACAAAGUUUGAUAGUUUUGUGAAGAAGCUUGCCUCUUUGAAUGAGGUGUCUGGAGAAGGUGCUGUGGCAGGUCCAGGGGAUGUCCCUACUCAUUAUCCAACUCUGUACGAGUACUACUUUGAUCAGGAGCAAAGCAAAUGGGUUCCCUGGCAGGACAAAGUACCUGAGUACAUUCACAAGAUGGACACAAAGUUCAAUGAGAUUCUAGUGCCUACUGUCGACACUGUGAGGAACACUUGGCUACUGGAGCUCAUGGUCAACAUACAAAAACCCGUAGUGCUUGUGGGGGAGACUGGGACCUCUAAAACAGCCACCACUGCGAACUUUUUGAGACAACUUGACUCUGAACAAACAUUACUGUUGAAUGUGAACUUCUCAUCUAGAACCACGUCCAUGGAUGUGCAACGUAACCUGGAGGCCAGCGUAGAGAAGAGGACGAAGGACACCUUUGGACCACCACCAGGCAAGAAGCUGCUGGUGUUUGUUGACGAUAUGAACAUGCCUCAAGUGGACACGUACGGCACACAGCAACCCAUAGCCCUCCUCAAGCUACUGCUGGAGAAGGGAGGGAUGUAUGACAGAGGGAAGGACCUCAACUGGAAAAAUUUCAAAGAGGUCUUCUUCAUUGCAGCUAUGGGCAAAGCUGGUGGUGGUCGCAACAUGGUGGACCCUCGUUUCAUCUCCCUGUUUAGCGUGUUCAAUGUGACCUUCCCCUCGUCUGAGUCCCUCUUCCACAUCUACUCCUCUCUCCUCUCAGGACACCUCGAGCCCUUCAAUAAAGAUAUCCAGUCGCUGUCUAAGCCCAUCACUACUGCCACAAUGGAACUAUACGAGCGCAUAGUUCGUGACCUCCCACCUACUCCGUCGAAAUUCCACUACAUUUUCAAUCUUCGAGACUUGUCACGAAUCUACCACGGGCUCUCCCAAACACUGCCCGACCAUUACGGGACACCUGAUAGCAUGGUGAGGGUCUGGAGGAACGAGUGCCUCCGUGUCUUCUAUGAUAGGCUCACCAACGAUAAGGACAAGGAGUUGGUUACUGAACAUAUUAGUGAACUGAUACAGGAGCAUUUCAGCAGUCAUUCUGAGGUGGCCCUGAAAGACCCUCUGUUGUAUGGUGAUUAUGGAACAGCUCUCACUCCAGAGCAGCCAAGAGUGUACGAGGACGUGCAGGACUAUGAUGCAGCAAAGGGAUUCUUUGACGAGAUUCUUGAAGAGUACAAUGAGCAGCACAAAGCCAUGAACUUGGUGUUAUUUGACGAUGCCUUAGAGCACCUGACACGUAUCCACCGUGUGAUCCGUAUGGACCAAGGCCACGCCCUAUUAGUGGGGGUGGGUGGUAGCGGACGACAGAGUCUGGCUCGGCUGGGAGCAUUCGCUGCAGGCUGUGAGGUAUUUGAGAUCACUCUGAGUAGAGGAUACGGAGAAGAGGAGUUUAGAGAAGACCUCAAGGCUCUGUACAACAAACUGGGCAUCGAGAAUAAGAAGACUGUGUUCCUCUUCACUGAUGGGCACGUGGCUCAGGAAGGCUUCCUAGAGCUCAUCAACAACAUGCUCACCUCUGGUAUGGUACCAGCACUGUUCCCGGAUGAAGAGAAAGAAAUGAUAAUCGGACAAGUUCGUGAUGAGGCCACUAAACUGGGACUGCCGCCGACUAAAGAGAGCAUAUGGUCAUAUUUCAUAAAGAAAUGUACUAACAAUCUUCACAUCGUACUGGCUAUGUCUCCAGUGGGUGAGAUCCUCAAGACUCGCUGCCGUAACUUCCCUGGUCUUGUCAAUAAUGUCUCCAUUGACUGGUUCACUGCAUGGCCCAAACAAGCUCUGCAUGCUGUGGCCAGUCAGUUCCUUUCAGAGAAUGACCAGAUCCCCGGUGCACAGCAGCAGUGCGUGGUAGACCAUGUGGUUCACGUUCAUCUCUCAGUCAGCAAGUAUAGCAAAGACUUCCUACAGAGACUACGUCGUGUGAAUCAUGUCACACCCAAAAACUACCUAGAUUUCAUCAGCACAUACACAAAACUACUCACAGAAAAAGACAAAUUUGUGUUAGACCAGUGUCAGCGUUUAGGAGGUGGUCUCACAAAGCUGAUGGAGGCUACUGAGCAGAUUAAGGUACUGAAUGAGCAACUCAAGGUUCAAAAGGUUGCCGUCAGUCAAAAGUCUGAGGGAUGCGAGAUACUGCUCAAGGAUAUCUCUGAGAAGACUGCUCUAGGACAGGAGAAGAAAGAGAUGGCUCAGAUAAAGAGUGUCGAGAUGGAAGAGCAGAAUAAGGUGAUAGCGGUUGAGAAGGCUGAUGCUGAAGCUUCCCUGGCUGAAGCAUUGCCUGCUCUGGAGGAGGCUAGAUUAGCUCUCAGUGACCUGGACAAGAGCGAUGUAACUGAGAUCAGAUCCUUUGCCAAGCCUCCCCCUCAAGUGCAGACAGUGUGUGAGUGUAUAGUAGUCAUGAGGGGACUCAAGGAUCCCAGCUGGAAGACAGCCAAGGGAAUGAUGGCAGAUACCAACUUCCUCAGUUCACUGCAAAACCUUGACGUCGAUGGAAUCACUCAGGCGCAGGUCAAGAACGCUCAGUUUCGUAUGGAUGGUAUGGACGUGGAUUAUGCUAAAAUGAAGGAUAUCAGUAAGGCUGGUGGGGGACUGUUCAAGUUUGUCAAGGCUGUGCUCGGCUAUUGCAGCGUGGCCAGAGAGAUCAAACCAAAGAGAGAAAAGGUGGCUAAGCUGGAACGUAACUAUCAAAUGAGCAAACGUGAGCUGGAAAGGAUUCAGAAAGAGUUGGCUAGCAUUGAGGCAGAGCUAUCAGCCCUCAGCAAGCAGUACGAGGAGGCCAUGACUGAGAAGAUGGCUCUACAAGAAGAGGCUGAUCUUAUGGAGCGCCGUCUCUUGGCUGCUAGUAAACUCAUCUCUGGGCUUAGCUCUGAGAAAGAAAGAUGGAAACUGGACUUGGAGGAUUUAAAACAGCAACGAAUUCGUUUAUUGGGUGAUUGUCUACUCUCUGCCGCUUUCCUGAGUUACCUGGGUGCCUUCUCCUGGGACUUUAGACACAGUAUGCUGGUUGAAGAUUGGCAGGAAGAUGUAAAGAUGAAAGGUAUACCUCUAAGUCAGCCGUUUAAACUGGAGAAUAUGCUCACGAACGACGUCGAGAUUAGCAAAUGGACGUCAGAAUCACUCCCUCCUGAUGAGCUCUCUAUACAAAAUGGUAUACUGACCAGUCAAGCCACUCGUUACCCUCUGUGUGUGGACCCUCAACAACAAGCUUAUAACUGGAUACGUAAGAAAGAAGAGAAAAACAAUCUGCGAAUUUCCACUUUUAAUACGCCUGAUUUCCUCAAACAGUUGGAGCUAGCUAUCAAGUUUGGGUAUCCGUUCAUGUUCAAGGAUGUUGAUGAGUACAUCGACCCUGUCAUUGACUCGGUGUUGGAUAAAAAUGUCAAGGGCUCUGGGAACAGACAAACUAUCACUCUAGGAGACAAGGAGGUAGACUUUGACCCCAGCUUCAAGUUGUACCUGAACUCCAAACUGGGUAACCCCAAGUACACGCCUGCUGUGUUUGGCCGUACAAUGAUCAUCAACUACACGGUCACACUCAAGGGUCUGGAGGACCAACUGCUCAGUGUCAUAGUUGGCUUUGAGAAGAAGGAGCUCGAGGAAGCCAGGGAGAGGCUCAUCCAGGAAACUAGUGAGAACAAGCGUCUGCUCAAGUCUCUGGAGGACACUCUCCUGAGAGAGCUGGCCACCUCCACUGGUAACAUGCUGGAUAAUUCUGAGCUGGUAGCUACACUAGAGGAGACUAAGUCCAAAGCUUCAGAGGUAUUUGAGAAGUUGAAGCUGGCUGAGACGACAGCUAAGGAGAUUGAGGGUGUGAGGGAUGGCUACAGACCAGCAGCUAGGAGAGGAGCUGUACUCUUCUUUGUCCUCUCAGAAAUGGCAGCCAUUAACUCCAUGUAUCAGUACUCCCUCAGCUCCUAUCUGGAUGUGUUCAACGUCUCUUUAAAGAAGAGUAUGCCUGACACACACUUGCCCAAGAGGCUCAACAACAUCAUCAACACUCUCACCCUCAAUGUCUACAACUAUGCAUGCACUGGUUUGUUUGAAGUGCACAAGCUGUUGUUCUCAUUUGCCAUGGCUACCAAGAUCCAGGAGGUGGAGAGUUCUCUCAACCAUGAGGAACUAGACUUCUUCAUCAAGGGUAAUAUUUCCCUUGAGAAAAGUGCCCGCAGGAAGCCGUAUGACUGGCUGCCUGAUCAGGGCUGGGAGGAUGUCAUCAAGCUGUGCUCUAUACAGCCUGACAUAUUUGGCUCCUUGGCUGACGAUAUUGAGAAGAAUGAGAGAGCUUGGAAAGAGUGGUUUGACCUUGAUGCUCCUGAGUCAUCACCAUUUCCCGGCCGCUACAAGGAGGGACUGUCGGACCUACAGAACCUCAUGCUAUUGCGUUGCUUCAGAGUGGACAGAGUCUAUCGUGCCAUCACAUUCUUUGUCAUGAAUCGUAUGGGAGAAGAGUACGUAACGCCACCAGUGGUCAGUCUAGAGGGGGUCUUUGAUCAGUCAACUCCGUAUUCUCCUAUUGUGUUCAUUCUGAGUGCUGGAGCAGACCCAGCAGGAGAGCUGGGCAAACUGGCUGAGAGUAAGGGCUAUGGGGGAAACAGAUUCAAGUUCCUGGCCAUGGGACAAGGACAGGAGAAGGUUGCCCUGCAACUGUUGGAGACAGCCUCCACGAGAGGUCACUGGCUCAUGCUACAAAACUGUCAUCUGCUCAUUCGUUGGCUCAAGGAGUUAGAGAAAGCGCUGGAGCAACUGACCAAGCCCCACCCUGACUUCAGACUCUGGCUAACAACAGCUCCUACACCAGAGUUCCCUAUUGGCAUUCUCCAGCGUUCUCUCAAGGUUGUGACUGAACCACCGAAUGGACUGAAGCUCAACUUGAGGAACACAUAUUUCAAGAUACCCUCGUCAGUUCUGAAGGAUGCCUGUGAACACACUGCCUUCAAAACUCUAGUCUACACUCUGGCCUUCUUUCAUGCUGUGGUGCAGGAGAGGAGGAAAUACGGAAGAAUUGGAUGGAAUGUGUCGUACGAUUUCAACGAGUCUGAUUUCAGAGUGUGUAUGGACAUUUUGUGUACGUACUUAAACAAGGCGCACGAUAGUGGAGACACAAAGAUCCCGUGGGGCUCUCUGAAGUACCUCCUGGGGGAGGUCAUGUACGGGGGUAGAGCUAUCGACGAUUUCGACAGAAGAGUUCUCAGAACGUACAUGGACGAAUAUAUGGGAGAUUUUAUAUUUGAUACGUUUCAGCCUUUCCAUUUCUACCACAACAAAGAAGUGGACUACUAUAUACCUCCCGAUGGUCAUAGAGACAGCUAUUUAGAGUAUAUAGAUGAGUUGCCACUCACAAACACGCCUGAGGUGUUUGGACUUCAUUCAAAUGCUGAGAUUGGGUAUUUCACGAGAGCUGCAAAGGACUUGUGGUCUCAGCUGGUGGAGCUGCAACCCCAGACUGGAGAGUCAGGCAGUGGUAUCAGCAGAGAGGAGUUCAUUGGGAACAUUGCCUCAGAUAUACAGGCCAAGUUGCCAGAGCAGUAUGAACUGGACGUGAUUCGUAAGAAGUUUGGUGAGGUCAUCACACCCACUACAGUAGUCCUGCUACAAGAGCUGGAGAGAUUCAAUAAACUCAUCAAGAGAAUGGAGGUCUCACUCAGCAGCCUGCAGAAGGCCUUGGCUGGUGAGGUAGGUAUGAGUGCUGAGUUGGAUGAAGUAGCUCGCUCACUCUACAACGGUCAACUACCCUCCAUCUGGAGAUCUCUGGCCCCAGCCACUCUCAAGUCCCUGGGUAACUGGAUGCUGCACUUCCUCAAGAGAAACGAACAGUACACAACAUGGGUGAAUGAUGGGGAGCCCUAUGUGAUGUGGGUGUCAGGUCUCCACAUACCACAGUCCUACCUCACUGCUCUAGUACAGGCCACCUGCAGGAAGAAUCAAUGGCCACUCGACAAAUCCACUCUGUACACCAGCGUCACUGAGUUCACACACCCAGACCAGGUGACGGAGAAGGCCCCCUCUGGUUGCUACGUGAGUGGACUGUAUCUGGAGGGGGCUCGGUGGAAUCUAGACAAGGCUUGUCUGGAGAGGCCCAACCCUAAAGUGCUAGUGGAGGAGCUACCCAUCCUCAGAGUCAUCCCCAUUGAAGCUCAUCGCCUCAAGCUGGUGAACACGUUCAAAACGCCAGUGUACACCACCUCUGAGCGUCGUAAUGCCAUGGGAGUGGGGCUGGUGUUUGAAGCUGAUCUGGCCACAACAGAGCACAUUUCUCACUGGGUACUGCAAGGAGUCUGUCUGCUCCUCAACACUGACUAACCUUUAAUCACUAACACUGUGUGUGUAUGAGCAACCCGGUCACUCAAUAUAAUAAUAAUUGACUUAAUUGACUUAAUUGUUUGUUUGUAAAUUAUACGAAUAACUAUAAGAAAUUUCAAGAA